AUGCCACCCCGCAUCCCCCGUCGUCUCCCCACCGUUCCCCGUCUUCCAACCGUCUCUCGCCCUGCUCGUCUGCCCCGCAUGCCCGCCCAGAUUCGCCGCCACACCAGCCGCGACCGCUACUUCCUGCGGCCGCUGCAGAGCGAGGCUCCAUCGCCGACGUACGACUACAAGUUCCUCUCCAAGCCCGCUUCCGUUGAGGUCCUCGGAUACCCGUUCUCGGGGGGCCAGCCGCGCGGUGGCGUCGACGAGGGGCCCGAGGCACUCGUCAAGGCCGGCUUGCUUGACCAGUUGAGCGCACUUGGAUGGGAAGUCAAGUUCAACUCGCAGGCCAUGAACGAUGUACGCGAGCUCGCUGUGCAGGAGCACGACUCGGGUAUCGGCAAGAUGCACAAACCGCUUGCGGUUAGUGCCGUCAACGAGCGCGUUGCGGCCGACGUCGCGGCCAUUCAGGAGCGUGGCGCGUUGUCACUUACGCUUGGUGGUGACCACUCGUUAGGCAUGGGCACCGUGGCCGGCACGAAGCGCCGCUUCCCGGAAGCGGCACUGAUCUGGGUCGACGCCCACGCCGACAUCAACACGCCCCUCACCACUGACUCUGGCAACCUGCACGGCUGCCCCGUCUCCUUCCUCCUUGGAUUGGAGGGCACCGACGUCCCUCCCUUCAACGUGUGGCUGCAGCCGUGCCUGCGUCCGGAGGACAUUGUGUACAUUGGCCUGCGCGACAUUGACGACAAGGAGAAGCGUAUCCUCCGCGAACUGGGAAUCAAGGUGUUUACGAUGCACGACGUCGACGCGCACGGCAUCGGGCGGGUCAUGGAGCGCGUGCUCGCUCACGUUGGCGCCGCGCGCCCCAUCCACCUCUCGUUUGAUGUCGACGCACUCGACCCCACCGUCGCCCCGUCCACCGGCACGCCCGUGCGUGGAGGCCUCACCUUCCGUGAAGGACACUAUAUCGUCGAGGCCAUCGCUGAGACUGGCAACCUCGUCGCUGUCGACAUUGUCGAGGUCAACCCUGCCCUUGAGGACGAGGCUAGCGCCGCCCAGACCGUCGCGAUCGGGUGCUCCCUGUCCCGCGCCGCACUCGGCGAGACCCUCUUCUAG